GACUCAACCGGCGGCCGCAAAAUCAAAAACUUCGUGCGCACCGCAUCCCACCCGCGACCGCGGAGGCGGAGCUUUCAAAUCCCCCGCCUCUGCUUCUUAUUCCCUCCCCAUCUCCAAAUUUUCGGCGAAAUUUUCCAUUCCCCCACCCCCACCCGCCCUUCCCUUCCCUUCCCCCGUCGCUCUCAGCCGCGCAGCGCUAUCUAGGGUUGGGGAUCGAUUUGGGGCCUAGGGUUAGGUCAGUUUCCCCAUGGCGGCGGCGGCGGCGGCGGAGGGGUCCGGGGCAGAGGGCCGCGGCGAGGCCGGCGGCGGCGGCAGGCGGCAGCAGCAGCAGCAGGGGCUGGCGGAGCGCCGGAUGCUCCGGUCCCAGUACCACGCCAUGAAGAGCCUCAUCAACGAGGAGAGGGAUGACAUGGCGAAGGAGGACUCCGACAAGUUCGCCUCCAUCAUCACGCAGGUGGAGAGCUUGCACGAGCAAGUGCAGAGACCCAGGGAGCAAGUAGCGGAUGCAGAGGCUCUGCUGGACAUCACAAGCACGUUGGUAAAAUCCGUGAGGUCCCAGUCAAGUGAAGGAAUCACACCUUCUGAUUUCGUAACAGCAUUGCUGAAGAAAUUUGGGCAGCAAGCAACCCUUGAUUCCGAGCCUGUCUCGUUGCGCUGGGCUGAUGUUGGGCUUUCUGCUUCACAUGUCUUCAGGGCUGCGCCUGGAUGCUGCACCAUGCUUGGACCCAUGGAUACAGAAGUAAAGCAGCGUAAGCUUUCAGUUGUUAGUAGAAAAAGAAGUGCCAGGCCAACUGAAAAUACUUGUCCAGAAGAGCUUGCCGAUUCUUCGGAGGGAGCAAAGACAGACACUGACCGGAAUGUGACUGUUGUAUUUGAUAUCCUAAGGAAAAAUAAGCGUGCGAGGCUGGAGACCCUUGUUUUGAACAGACAAUCAUUUGCCCAAACGGUUGAGAAUGUUUUUGCACUGUCUUUCCUAGUUAAAGAUGGCAGGGUGGCAAUAAACAUUGAUGACAAUGGGCACCAUAUAGUCUAUCCACGAAAUGCGCCUGCUGCUAGUGCCAUAGCGUCAGGAGAAGUGUCCUACAGCCAUUUUGUUUUCAGAUACGAUUACAGAGAUUGGAAGCUUAUGAAAGAAGUCGUCCCUGAAGGGCAAGAACUGAUGCCGCACAGGACGGCGCACAGCCUCUCUGCUGAAGAGCGAGAACAGAUGGAGCCAUGUGCGCAACGAACACCGAUAAGGAAACUUUGCCGGAACCGAGGUUUGGUUCUUCAGGAGCAGAUGGUUGUUGCAGAGACACCCGAGGAGGACAGAAGCUCCAAACGCAAGCGUCUAUUCAUAGAUCAGGAGUGAUCAUGCCUGCUUGAAAUGCCGUGUGCCGUGGUCUACGCUGUGUCUGUAUGUAGGAGGUAUCUGCCUGAUUAACGUACCCAUUGUAGAACAAGGUGUGCCAUAGCACCGCUUGUGCUAGUUCUUACCUUGAGACGAGAUUCCUCCGGGAGAGGAAAGAGGGCAAUAGAAAUGAAGCUCAAUAGGAAUGCUACUGUAGUUCUUUAGAUCAGUCGGCUUAAAUAAUGUUCUUGGAUCAGACUUGUAUAAUGUUGCUCACGGUAAUAUGCUUGUGCUGAUAGAGAAAAAGAAAAUGUUUGCUUCUAGCUGAACCAAAGUUCCUAUUCAGCAUUUGUGAGUAGUCUGCUUAUGGUUUGAUGA